GCCGCUGACGCCUGGAGCCGCUCCCGCGAAACGGUGCGCACCUGACAACUCAUCCCCAGCGGGUUGGAGGGCCACUCUCGGAGCACAAACGCAAGCCAUCCAGCGGAGAAACAAAGAGACAAGAUGUCGACCUACGUGUCCUCCGAGUGCCGCCGCGUCAGCCCCUCGGUCCACGGCAACAAGUUUGACACGGCGCAUCGCAAGAAGGCCGUGGCCAACAUUUUCGAGAACGUCAACCAGGACGCGCUGAUGAGACUCUUCCAGAAAACGGGGGACAUGAAGGCGGAGGAGAGAGUGAGGAGCAUCUUCUCCUACACCCAGGACCCGGAGGAGACGGCCCGGGCCCUGAUGGCUCUGAAGCAGCGAAAGAAGGACAAGUUCCUCCAGAUCGCGGGCAUGGUCCGGCAGCUGCUCAAGAUGCGCUGACUGCGCUCUCCCAGCCUUCUACCGUCUCUGUCUCUCUGUCGACUCGUGUGUGAGCCGAAUGUGAAAACACUCCCAAUAUGACCGGGUUGCCGCCGCAGGUGCGGUUCACCUGUCGCCUGGAAAGGAGGAGGAUGUGCAGCCCACCGCCUGGAGGACAACAUGCAGCAGCUGUCGCCUCCUGCACGGAGGGGGCAGCGGAGAGUCCCGCCCGGAGCGGAUGGAGCCGCAUGAACUGUGUGGGAAUAUGAAGGGCAAACGCGUCUUCCCUGUGACUUGAAUUCAUGAAUGCAUUCCUGUGGAUGCCUGACUGAGAAGCAGCACCUUUUGGGCCUACAGGUGUAGCCAACAUCACUGUGUUGGUGGUGGUGCACAGCUGCAAUAUAGUGCCGAAGAACCUGCCUGAAUGCCUGUCCUGAGCACAUGCCUUGUCUCUCAGCUUCACUUUGUUAUAUGAACACUACUCAUUAGUGGCCACUAAUGUGUUAUUGUCACAAAAUGUUUGAGCACAAUUAUUUGCAUUUGUGAUAUGUUCCUUUGUUUGUCAUUUUUAAUAAAUUAUUACAUUGUAUACAAAAGUU